CAUUCCAUUAGAAAAAAAAUUGCAUCUCACUAUUUUCUUUCAAUACAAGGUUUUCAACUUUUAUUUCAUCUCUCUUGUUCAACUCCACUCAGGUGAUCUUUUUUUAAAUUAAGAAGAUGUGCUACUAUGAGGGGCGCAAAUACGGCUUUGGAGGUUUGUUGACCAAGUUUUUUAGGUGGCACAGAGUAGAAGAUAAGGAGUUAGACUACAAACCAGUGGUGGAUACUCUCCCUAUUGAUGUCAUUACAACUAGGAGCACGGCUGAAGCUCAGGGCCCGAUCCUUACUAUGUUCGAACAUCAACCUUGGACUGAUGAAAUCACUGCUAGAAUGUAUGUAUUACAAGUGUUGUAUCUGCGAAUUGGGGUAAGACCAGCCACCAACGAAGAGAUUCAUAUUGUGGAGUUGAAUAACCCCCUGGGUCAUCGUGAUAGGAUACUGCUGAGGAUAAGGCCAGAUUUUGUUGAGACAAUUGAUAAUGAUGUGUCGACCGAUGAGGAGCGGCAAUGGUGUGACUCAGAUAUUGACUCAGAUGAUGAUGAGAAACCUAAUAAAGGUGAUGAAGGUGAUGCAAAUCAUGAUGCUGAUGACGCAAAUAAUGAUAUAGCUGAGGCCUAAGCAGGGAGUAUUUUGCCACCUCUCUAUUUGAGGUUAUUUGUAAGCACUGGGACAGUGCUUCGUUUAUGUGUGGGGCGAUUGUGUCUUGCAUCUUAUUCUCUUUAUCUUGGUAUUUUGAUUUAGGUUGGUUGGACAAUUUUUAUUUCUAUUUUUGGGAUCUUUGAUUCUUAUUUUUCUGUUUGGAUGUUUAACUUAGCCAUUUCUAGCUAUUUGGAACAUUAUGGUCUGUAAUCGUUAGUAAUGAUUUAGUAAUUUUUCUUUUAGUUUAAAGUGUUUGUUGUUGUUUCCCUCAAGGCAAUA